AGCCAAGUCUAGCCUGUGCGCUCGCACGAAUCCUACAUUUCCUAGCUAAUUGCCAACUGCAGAAGCCUAAUCGCGAAAGCAACGUCGCGACGUCGCGAAGAGCAGGUCUCCACUAGGGCUUAGCGAAGGGAGAUUAAGGGAAAUCAAGAGCAAACAUGGAAGAACACGGCCAGCAGAGACUUCGUUCUUGAACCUCCCUGUACAACCACGAAUUCCGCCUCCCUCCCGCGCUCUUCCUUGCAAGCCUUGCACGACAGUCAACGCUUCAAGAAGCAUCGCACUGAACUCCGCUUUAAGCUUCAAGAAGGCCUCCCUUUCAAGCCUUCAGCUUUCACUCACUGUCACACAAAAAACAGGGCCUCCCCCUACGCGUUUUCCGCUUCGUCACCCACACUUGGCUACCAAAUGAGAAGCCGCGCCUCGGCUUGGCACCAUACCGCUCGGUUGGGCUAGAAUUCGAUCCGAAGCGCCGUCCAGCAGGAGCAGCAGCGACCGUGACAGCAGCCGUAGCAGCAGCCGUAGCGUCAGCCGUGGCAGCAGCCGUAGCUUCAGCCGUAGCAGCAGCCGUAGCUGCAGCCGUAGCAGCGGCCGUAGCUGCAGCCGUAGCAGCAGACGUAGCUGCAGGAACUAGAUUGCCACAAGGGUUUCGAACAGGGGACACUGCGGGCUAGAGUUUCUCUAGGAGUUCGGGUCUCGGCGCCGCGUGAAAACAGGGAUUCCGACCGAUCAAGACGAGAGUGAGGGGGUUUCUAUCUGGCACAGGCUAUCUUUUCCCCUUGUGAAGGCCAGCCAGCACCAGAGCAUGAGGUCACCAGAGUAGAACCCCCGGCGUUUCCUUCGCCUCAAAACGCGCGCUCGGUUUUACAAGGCCAAGACCGCAGGGUCGCAGCGUCGCCGCGUCGUCGCAGCGUAGUCGCAGCGUCGUCGCCAUGGGGGACAAGGGCGCGACGCGCGGGUUCAUCACGACGAUCGCGCAGGGGCUGGCGGGGAAGUGGUUCCUCGUGGUGUCCACGGCGUCGCUGUCGUCCGGCGCCAUCUCGCCCUCCUUCAUCUCCUGGAACGAGUUCCAAGAAUGGUGGUGGCCGCAGCAACAUCAAAUCGUGGCCGUGGGGUACGGCUGCAACGUGUGGCGCGCGGCGUACGCGUCGCACGUGUUCUCGCUGCAGACGUGCAACUUCUUCCCGUCCUUCGACGCGGCAUCCAAGUACAUCGUGCGCCAGUCCGAGCAGGGCCUGCGCGUCACCGCGCUCGCGCAGGGCUCGGGGCAGUGGUUCGUGGUGAUGAGCAAGGGCGGCGCCAUGCCGGCCCUCUCUCAAGGGCUGGUUUGUUCGACGAGCCUGCCAGAUUUCAUCCGCACUUUCCAGAGGGGGUUCGAGGAGCACGACCGUGUGCCCACGUGUCUGGUGUACGGGGACGGCCGGUGGGUGGGCGUGUGGAGCGCCGUUAGGGACUCUGGCACUGGCACCAGUGGUGGCAGCAGCAGCGGUAUCAGCAGUGGGAUCAGCGGCGGGUUCAGCGGCUUGACCUCCCACCACAGCAGCAGCAACACCACCAGCAGCAGCAAUGGCGACAGUAGCGGCAACAGCAGCGGCAGCAGCAGCGGCAUCAGCAGCGGCAUCAGCAACGGCAUCAGCAACAUGCUUGGCAGCAUGGGGUUUGGCGGCAGUGUGUCUCAUGGCAGCGGCAACGGCCAUAUUUAUGGGAGCAGCAGCAGCAUACCUACACCACAUGUGGUGACUAGUCACCACACUAGUGGCGGCGGCAGCAGCAGCAGCAGUAGUAGCAGCGGCGGUGGUGGUGGUAGUGGUGGUGGGGGGGGUGGAGGGGGGGGGAGCUCGAGCCAGCAGAGCAGGUCGCUCAAGUUUGUGCUUGUGAAGCAGUCCUCUGAUAACGCCCUUGUGCUGAACGCGCUGGAGGAUUCGUACUCGAUAUUGGCUGUUGCGUCAUCGCCUACAGCCACACUUGUGGCCCUGAUUAAGCCGGCGCUCUACCGCAGCCAGGUGGUGUAUCACUGCGACGGCUCGGGCUCCUCCAACGGGUGGAUCGUGAACAACAUCAGCGACCGCACGCCGUGCUGGUACUCGCAGCUCACGCUGGACUCGCCCUCCCACUGCCACGACUUCGCCCUGCAGCGCACCGUCCUCGCUUCCUCCUCCGCUGCUGCCUUCCGCCGCCCCACGCCCCCGAGCCCAUCCGCGCAGGCGCCUGCGCUGGGGUUGAGUGGGAGCGGAGGGGCAGCAGGGAGUGGUGGUGGUUUGAGGGCGAGUUCUGGCGGUUCUAGUGGUGCUGGUGGGGGACUUGGAGGGGGUGGGAGGCAUUCUGGCAGCAGUGGCGGCGGUGGAAGCAGUGGUGGUGGUGGUGGUAUUGUGGGGGGUUUGUUUGGACGGUCGUCGUCAGCAGCACCGGCAGGGACGCUGACUGCAACUAUAGUCACGCGAGCCGGCAGUAGUGGGAACAGUGGGGGUGUAGUGGGUGGAGGAGGAGGCGAGGGGAGCGGGGUGGGAGGAAACAGAGUGAGUGUGGGAGGUCUGCAUAGCGGGGGGGGAGGAGGAGGAGGAGGAGGAGGAGGAGGAGGAGGAGGAGGAGGAGGAGGAGGAGGAGGAGGAGGAGGAGGAGGAGGAGGAGGAGGAGGAGGAGGAGGAGGAGGGGAAGAAGGGGGAGGGGUGGCAGCGAGUGUGUGUGUGCCUGUGGUGUCAAACAACCCCAGUCGGUCCCCUUCUCCUGAGUUUGGAUGGCUCGAGUCAACGAAAACAGGUGGAGGUGGGGGAAGCUGCGGUAGCAGCAUCGGCAGUGGCAGUGGCAGUGGCAGUUUGAAUGAGCAACAGCAACAGCAGCAACAUCAACACCAACACCAACUCCAACAGCAGCAGGGUGGUGUGUUGCCAGGGAGAGCAAUCACACCGACAAGACGAGCAGUGGGAGGAGCAGCAGCAGGAACAAUGGCAGGCACCACAGCAGGACCAGAAGGAGGAGGAGCACGGGGGGGAGAAGGAGCGGCAGCGGCAGGGCAGGGGUCAUUAGUAGCAGAGGCAGCAGUGGCACAGCAUAUGAUGGUGGGGGGGUUUGUUCACCCUCAGGUGAAGCCAGGGCCCUUUGCAGGACUCUGCAUCCUGCCAUAGAGACCCCGGCCCGCCCACCUCCAUCCUUCCUCCUAUCCUUAUCCCUCCUUCCUACCCUCAUAGUCUUUCCCACCUUGUGUGCGGGCAGCAGAGGGGCAGAGCAGCCGAGGAGCAAUGCCAAACACUUCUGUGGUUCCGGUGUUGCCAAGGCCUGUUGUUGCUGCGACUUGGCGAUUGGAUCAUGAUCACUGUGACACGCCACCAGGCAGCACCCGGCAGCAUCAGGGAGCAUCAGGCAGCACGGGGAGCACCAGAGAGCACCACACAGCUCCAGGCAGCACCAGGCAGUUUUGUGUGAACUACUGCAAGCUGAAUUGAGCACCGGCAAUAACAUGCACUAUCAAGAAGAUGCUGUGUCCCCAGAAAUACAUUAAACCCUUGUGAACGAGACAUCCCACAUGGGAGAUUUACCGUACCAUCGAAGGCAUGUCCAGAGCAAGAUUUCCCAUCAGAAAUGUGUAAGCAAGAACAAGGGACCUAUAUAAGGUGCUUACCGUUGAGAUAUGAGCAUAGCACCUACCUGAAAGGAAAUGGUAUUUCCUUAUGAUGGAUUUUAUGCAGUAA